AUGAGCUACCACCAGGGCCAACCCCAGCUCGGGGCGACUUUUGUGCCAGGAGGCUUCGAUGACUAUUAUAUGCCGGCUCCUUCGCCUGAAGUCAUCUCGCCUGCGCCUCAGCGGUUUGGCGGUAGGAUAAUGCCCGAAGUGCCCGAGAACAUGCAAGAAAACAUCGCGCAUCUGGAGCUGGAAGCCAACGGCCCUCGUGGUACCAACGGCGCCAUGUCACCCAUGCAGGGCUACAAUCAGUCACAGCAAAACUUCCCGCCGCGACAGGCGAGCUACCAGAACGAGCUGCCUGUCCACAACGAUCAAUGGCCGGCGCGGCAAGCGAGCAUCUCCUCUGCCUUCCGGCAACCACCAAACGUGCAGCCUCAGUCGGUGCAGCAGCAGCCGUCGCACGACUACAACCAGUUUGCCCAGAGCCACGACUCGCCCAACUUCUCGCCCUUCCCCAAGCUUCCCAACAAGCCUCCGAACGUGCCGCCGUCCGACGAUGAGAAGGAGGCUGUCCUGGAGAAUGCCCGCUUGCCGGUGCUCAACUCGAAUGAUCCCGAGAUGCAGCUGGCAUGGGCACAAGACGCACUGCAAUAUGUAGACGCCGCGCAACUGCACGAGCAGCGCAUCUCAGAGAUCCAGGGGGCGAGACCGGCCACACCACAAGUCGAGCACCAGCUUCGUCUGGACGCAAUGAACGUAGUCACCUUCUUGGCGGACCAAGGCCAUCCGAAAGCGACCUUUAUGCGGGGCAUGUGGCUAGAGUUUGGCAAGUUUGGCAUGCGCGCAGACAAGAAGGAAGCGUUCAGAUGCUACUCCCGCGCGGCUGCAAAGGGAUACGCAAGGGCAGAAUACCGCAUGGGCAUGCAGUUUGAGCAGUCAAAUGACCCCAUCAAGGCUCUGCAGAACUACAAAGCUGGCGCCGAACAAGGCGACUCAGCCUCCAACUACCGUCUCGGUAUGAUGACGCUGCUCGGACAACACGGCCAGCCACAAGACUUUGCAAGAGGAGUACAACUGAUCAAACUGGCUGCGGCCACUGCCGAUGAGAAUGCUCCACAGGGUGCUUACGUGCUGGGCAUGCUUCAGGCGCGAGAACUGCCCCAAAUCAAUGUGCCCGAGAUGUUUUUGCCCUAUGAUGAGAAGGGCGCCAGACAAAACAUAGAGAAAGCCGCCUAUCUCGGGUUCGCAAAGGCUCAGCUGAAGAUGGGCUCCGCCUACGAGCUCUGCAGUCUGGGCUGUGAGUUUAACCCCACGCUGUCGUUACACUACAACGCACUCGCAUCUAGGCAGGGUGAGCCCGAGGCAGACAUGGCUAUCAGCAAAUGGUUCCUCUGUGGACACGAAGGAGAGUUCAAUAAGAACGAAGAGCUGGCGUACCAAUACGCGCAACGUGCCGCAGCGGCUGGCCUCGCGACAGCCGAGUUCGCCAUGGGCUACUUCAACGAGAUCGGCAUGAACACGCCGGUCAAUCUUGACAAAGCCUUGGAGUGGUACGAAAAAGCAGAGAAGAACGGCAACAAAGAUGCGACUGCACGUAUAGAGAGCAUCUCCAAGCUAUCACGGACGCUGUCAAAGAAGGACCAUGAAAACGUCGCUAUCAACAUGAUCAAAUCGAAGCACGGCUCCAUGCGAGGGCAGCGGCCAGCGAGACUGCAAAAGUCACAUGCUCCUAUGCCUUCUAUCAACGAUAUCAGUCCUUCUGAUUACGGCGAUACCUCACCAGCCACACCUACAGGUGGUCGCCUUCCGCCAAGAGGCGAUAGUACAACGCCGUAUCCUAUGUCUGACCAGCCCCCAAUGAUCUCGAGUGCCCCCAUGUCGGCUCCCUACGACCGUCCCUCUACAGCAGCGCCAUACCCUAUGGACAAUGGCCCCCCUCGACUAAGUCCACAGCGGCCAGGUAUCGCCGGUGGCUUUGCACCAGAGGUGAGGGCUUCGAGUGCUCGACCUGCAUCCUCAGCAUUCAACAUCAACCCCAACGUUUAUCCUCCAAAUGAUCCUUAUGGACGCGGCAGUCCUCGACCUAAUCCCGGUCCUGGUUACGACAUGGGUCCGAUGCCAAUGCGUCCUCACACGAGUGUGGACAACAUGGGUCCAGGACGUGGUGGACGUCCUUCCAGCGGUGGUCGUGGUGCGCCGCUGCCACCAGGAGGACCAGCGAGUUACAGGCAGCCCGGAGGACCGAGCGCUCAACGUCCAGAACCCCAGAACCGCCCAUCGACGACGCAGCCUCCUGAUAUCGGAUACAGUGCGCCAGAUGGACGUAACAAGCUGCAGAAACCGACAGGGGCGCCACUCAAGAAAGCGCCCACACUGCCAGACAUUGGCUACGUCGCGCCUCUCGAGCCCCGCCAGCACACCCGCCCAUCUACAGUUCAACCAGGUCAGGAGAGUAGGACUUCUUCACGGAUGGAUAGACCCUCGACUACUACACCGGGUCAAGGCUCCCGACCCUCAUCACGGCCGGGCUCCUCUGGUCGUCCUAGCGGAUACGACAACAUGCCCAAGCCUAAUAGGGUACAAACAUUGCAACAACAGCAACCACCUCCCAAGCCUGCGCCAAUGCAAGCAGGUAAGCCGGCGACGCCUACGCCACCUAAGCCAGCGCCAUCAGCUGCUUCGACACCAGGCAAGGGACCAAAGACGUUUGAUGAGAUGGGCAUAGGACAGGCGCCUAAGGACAGCGAUUGUGGGAAACGAGCCCGACAAUCUGAAUCCCAAGACAGCGACCAGUCAGAUGACGAACGAUCCGACGCGGCAAGCGGCAGCGAGUCACCCGAUGAUGAAGGCGAACAGACUCGCGAACAUGAGAUAUGGGCAACACAGCAGGUGCAGAGAGAACGCCAGGCGACUGCAAAACGGCAAAACGAGCCGACUGACUCUGGCAUCAUCGAGGAAGUUCAGUGUAUCAACUUUAUGUGUCACGAACAUCUAACGGUGACCUUGGGACCUUUGAUCAACUUCAUCAUCGGACACAACGGUAGCGGCAAGAGCGCAGUGCUCACAGCAAUUCAAAUUUGCCUGGGUGGAAAGGCUACAGCCACAAACCGCGCCCAGAACCUCAAGAGCCUCAUCAAGGAGGGAAAAGAGCACUCCUCUGUGUCUGUCAAGAUUAAGAACCAAGGACCACUCGCUUACAAACCUGCGCAGUACGGCGACUCGAUCAUCGUCGAACGACACUUCAGUAAAUCCGGCACUUCGGGGUUCAAGCUCAAAAACGUAAAUAACAAACUUGUUACGAACAAAAAGGCUGAGCUUGAAGACAUCCUGGACGCGUUCUCUAUGCAAAUUGACAACCCAAUGAACGUGCUAACGCAGGACAUGGCAAGACAGUUUCUGAACCACUCGACAUCGAAAGACAAAUACAAGUUCUUCCUGCAAGGCACGCAGCUCGAGAAUCUCAAUAGAGACUAUCAGCAGAUCGAACAGUCUCUAGAAGUGAUGAAUGCGAGAGCAGAGGUCAAGGAAGCCGACCUUAGGGUCCUGAGAAAUGAGAUGGAAGUGCUGGCGAGAAAAGCUAAACGCGCGGCAAGUCUGCAGACCAUGCGAGAUAAGGAAGCGGAGCUCGCCAAUCAAGCAGCGUGGGCGGCUGUCCGGGAGCAGGAACAAGAGGUGGAAAACAGUUUAAAGGAAAUCACGAAAUGCGAUGAAGUCAUACGAGGGCUACAAGGGGACGCUGAGAAGGCAGCAGAGCGUUAUGAACAAGCAGAUCAAGCCUGUGAAGCUGCGAAGCAAUCUGUCACUGAUAUUACAGCUGACUUAGAGCCUGCGGAGCAAUCGUUACUUGAGGCUAGAGGGAAAUUUCAAGACAUCAGAACGAAACUCCAGCAACUACAGCCUGAUGAACGGAAUGUUCAUAGCGAGUUGAAAGCAAAGAAGAAGAAAGUACAAGAUAUCAAAGCAGAGAUCGAGCAAUACCGACGACGACAGGCUGAAGCGGACAAUGGUCGUCAUGCCGAGAAGGCUCGGGAGUGUGAAGAAGCCAAAGUACAACGCGACAAUGCCAGGGCUGCGUUCGAAGCCCAUGAUACAGGCCUUUCAGCUCUGCAGGAGAAGCUCAAGGACGCCCAGAAGGAGCAGCACGAAGCGGAUCGUGAGACGGAAGAGGCGCGGGCCGGCGUCACACGCAUCACGAAUACUAUCAGGGCACUGCAAGGAGGCCAGAGCAACUGGAUCGAAGCGUAUCCAAAUCACAGAAAGCUGAAUGAGUUACUCAAUGCGAUCAAGUCUGAGCGCAGGUUCAGAGAACCACCAAUCGGGCCUCUCGGUCGUCACGUCAAGUUGGUGAAGUCUCAGUGGGGCCGGAUAUUGGAAAAGCAGUUCGGUCAAGCCUUGAAUGGGUUUGUUGUCACAAGCAGACAAGAUCAGAAUACAUUGUCUGUCCUGAUGAACAGGAUUGGCUGGCACGUGUUUACUUCUCAUUUCGUCGACGAAGCUAACAAAUUUAGGUCUGCUCCAAUAUACAUUGGCAAAAAGGCGCACAUAGACACCACUGGGAGUGAGCCUCCGGAUGAACUUGUGACAUGGAUGAGAGCUCUUACGAUCGAAGAAGACCUUGUUCGAAAUCAGUUUAUUAUCAAUCAGGCGAUCGAGCAGACCGUGCUCAUCGAGGACAUGAAGGAAGGUGCCCAUUUCAUGGAUGCCCGUGGAAAAUCGACCGAACAUGUUAAGAUGUGCUUCACUUUUGCAGAUGGCGACACUCGAAAAGGUCGCGUCUUCAGCUACACCAGCAACGGAGGUAUCAACAACAGCCCGAUCGCGGAAUACUCCGGACCUCUGCGUAUGCAGGUAGAUGAACCUACACAGAUCAAGACAGAGGAGAGAAAUCUCGCUCAGGCUCAAAAACAACUUGAGGCUUGUGAGAAGAUCUCUAGUCAACGGCUUGAUCAGGUCAAUACAUGCAAGUCUCGGAUACGAGACCACGAACGCCAGAAGAAAGACCUUCAAAUUGCUUUCCAACGUGCCAACAAAGAAGUGGACCGACUUGAGAACGAAUUGGACGAAGCAACUCCUGACGCAGCAGCUAUCCAGGUGCGCGAGGCAGACCUUGCAAAGGCCCAAGAAGAAUUGGUGAUAAGUGAGGGAACAUUUGAAGAUUUGAAAAUCUCAAAAUACCAGCUUGAUGAUGAAAACAAGGCGAAUAAACGGGAGAUGGAUGAAGCGCAAAAGGUUGUCGCUGACUACCAGUUCCGCCUCGAGAAGGCGCAAUCGACGGUUCGAAAAAUGCAGGGCACGCGGGAAGAACAGCUCAAGCUCAAGAACGCCGCAAUCGACCAGGUUGCCAAAGCUGAAGACAUCAAGAAGCAGUGGCAAGCAGAGCUAGCCGAUCAACAGGCCCUGCUGGUAGAAGUGAUUGAUGGUGCGAAGAUCAUCUGUGAAGAGCGUGUUUUUGUCCCCCCUGACAAGACAUCUGACAAGCUCCAAGAGGCGAUGUUCAGGAUGGAGAAAACAAGAAAGGAGACAGAAAGGGAGCUUGGUGGAUCGCAGCUGGAUCUUACUCGGGCGGCAACUGAAGCGAAGCAGAAGCACCACGAUGCAAUACAGGAGUAUGAGGGCAUUGACAACUUGUGUCGUCAACUCAUGAAGACCCUGGAUAACCGACGUCUUCGGUGGAAGCAAUUUCGAAAUGGCAUUUCUGUCCGGGCGCGGGUCACCUUCAACUAUCUGCUGAGCGAACGCAAAUUUAGAGGGACGCUUCGCAUCGACCACGAAAAGGCUCUUCUUGACAUUCACGUUCAACCGGAUAUCACAGAGCGAAGCGGAGAUGGUAGAGAAACCAAGACGCUCUCUGGAGGAGAGAAAUCCUACUCUACCGUUGACGUCUUCAUGGACAAUGUCAACCGUGAGAGGAGUUUACACAUGAUCAUCGAAGCUGCUCGCCGCUCAAUCGGUCGACAGUUCAUCUUCAUCACCCCACAGUCGAUGAGCAGCGUCACCCAAACCUCGGACGUCAAGAUCAUCAAGAUGUCGGACCCAGAGCGUGGGCAGACGGCACUGAACAUGGGACGAAGUUGA